GUGAGUGUGUGUUGGAGCUGUGGCUCACAGAGCAGCAGCAGCAGCAGCAGCAGCACAGUGUGUGUGUGUGUGUGUGUGUGUGUGUCGCAGCUCCUGCUUUGAUUCUCUUUCUGCGGUGAAGUGAAAUGAAGUGAAGACAGCGACUGAAUCAUGCUGCUGGAUUCUCUGGUCGUGGUCGUGAUGUGUCUGUGGGGAAGUGAUGUCAGCAGAGCGUACGUGUUUCAGGCCAGUCGACCGACAGAGGGAGGAGACAACCCGCCGCCGCCGCACACUAAAGUCAUCUCAGAGUGGGUCAGCUCAGCAGGCUCCUGUAAGGGGCGGUGCUUCGAGCUGGUGGAGGCCAAACCUCCGGGAUGCAGAUGUGACAAUCUGUGUAAAACCUACUACAGCUGCUGCUCUGACUUUGAUGAGCACUGCCUGAAAACAGCGGGAGGUUUCGAGUGCUCGCAGGAUCGCUGCGGUGAAGAGAGGAACAGCGAGCACGCCUGCCACUGCUCUGACGACUGCCUGCAGCGAGGAGACUGCUGCUCCAACUACAAGUCGCUCUGCAGAGGCGAGUCUUCAUGGGUGCAGGGCGACUGCGAGGAGAUCAAAAGUGCUGAAUGUCCUGCAGGCUUCAUCCGUCCUCCACUCAUCAUGUUAUCUGUCGACGGCUUCAGAGCGUCCUACAUGAAGAAGGGGAAGUCUGUCAUUCCCAACUUAAUUAAGCUCAGGUCAUGUGGUACGUCAGCGCCGUACAUGCGACCGGUCUACCCGUCAAAGACCUUCCCAAACCUGUACACGUUAGCCACAGGUCUUUAUCCCGAGUCCCACGGGAUUGUGGGUAACACGAUGCACGACCCGGUGUUUAACGCCACCUUCAGUCUGCGCACCAGAGAGAAACUGAAACACCGCUGGUGGUUCGGGCAGCCGAUCUGGAUCACGGCAGAGAAACAAGGAGUGAAGCCCAGCACUUUCUUCUGGCCUUGGGUGAUUCCUUUAGAGCGGCGGAUCCUGACCAUCCUGCAGUGGCUUCAUCUGCCUGAUGACCAGAGGCCGUACGUCUUCGCUGUCCACUCAGAGCAGCCGGACACCUACGGACACCGGCUGGGUCCACUCAGCAGUGAGCUGGACAAUCCUCUGAGUGAGCUGGACAACAUCAUCGGUCAGCUGAUGAACGGCCUGAAGCAGAUGAACCUGCAUCGAUGCGUCAACGUCAUCAUCGUCGGAGACCACGGGAUGGAGGAGGCCCACUGUGAAAGGACGGAGUUCCUCAGCAGCUACCCCGUCAACAUAGACGAGAUCAUGCUGAUCCCCGGCUCCCUGGGCAGAAUACGACCACGCGACUCCAAAUCCAGCACAUAUGACCCCAAAGUGGUGGUGGCUAACCUGACUUGCAAAAUGGCGACUCAGCACUUCAGGCCUUACCUGAAGCAGCAUUUACCCAAGAGGCUUCACUACGCCAACAACCGCCGCAUCGAGGACGUCCACCUGCUGAUGGAGAGGAAGUGGCACAUCGCCAAGAAAAUGCCCGAAAAACUGAGGACGCGUUGUGGUUUCUUUGGUGACCACGGCUUUGACAACAAGAUAAAUAGCAUGAGGACGAUCUUUGUGGGCCAUGGGCCGAGCUUCAAGUUCCAGAAGAAAGUGCCAGAGUUUGAUAACAUCGAGUUAUACAAUGUCAUGUGUGACUUGUUGGGGUUGACGCCGGCACCGAACAACGGGACACACGGCAGCCUGAACGACCUGCUGCGAGAGCCGCCUCACCAGCCCAGCAUGCCCGAGGAGGUGACCCCGCCCACACCGGCCUCCGUCCCCGAGGUCACGGUGACACAUGACCUCGGCUGCAGCUGCGACGAAGAGAAUAAAGUGGAGGAAACGAUCGAAGCCUUCAGUCUUUCACCUGACGCCGGUUACAGCUACAACACCACCCAUCUGCCCUUUGGUCGUCCCGCUGUGAUGUUUGACACCAGCUACACGUUGCUCCAUCAUGUGGAGUUCAUCAGUGGUUACAGUAAGGAGCUAGCGAUGCCUCUGUGGACGUCAUUCACACUGCCACGACAGGAGGACAUGACCCCUGUCCCUGAGGUGUCCACGGGGGUCCAGUGUGUCAGAGUGGACUCCAGGUUGUCGGCGGGUCAGAGUCAGAGCUGCAGCAGCUACAGUCAGAACAGCCUCUUCACCUACGGCUUCCUGUUCCCACCAGAGCUGGCGUCGUCUCCAGAGUCCAGAUACGACGCUUCACUCAUCACCAACACGGUGCCGAUGUACCCGGCCUUCAAGAGGAUGUGGAGUUACCUGCAGGGGACGCUGCUGAGGCGCUACGCGGAGGAGAACAACGGCAUCAACGUCCUCACCGGGCCGCUCUUUGAUUUCAACUACGACGGCCUCCGUGACACCACUGAGACCAUACUAGAGUUUUCUCCGGAUGCUCCGCCCAUUCCCACCCACUUCUACACAGUGGUGACGAGCUGCACGGAGCAGAACCAGACGGUGGAGGAUUGUGACGGAGCGCUCAGCGUCUUCUCCUUCCUGCUGCCACACAGACCCGACAACAGCGAGGCCUGUAACAGCGCCGAGGACGAGUCCCUGUGGGUUGAAGACCUGCUGAAGCUCCACACCGCCCGAGUCCGAGAUGUGGAGAUCCUGACGGGUCUGGACCUUUACCGAUCCAACAAUCUGACCUACACCAGCGUCCUGAGCCUGAAAACCCACCUGCACACUUUUGAGAGUGACGACUAGAUACACACACACA